UUUCCAUUGAUUUUCAUACACAUUGAGACAAUAUAGGAUGCAUUUCGAAGACCUCCUCGCCGAGGCGGGAGGUUUUGGCUUGUACCAGAAGGUGCUGUGUUUUGUCCUCAUCCCCUUCACAACGGGCAUCGUGGGGUUGGUUUACACAUGCCAGCUUAUCAUUCUGUCGGUCCCGCGGUUCCGAUGCGAUCAGAAUCAAAGUCUGGAAACCUUGAUUUCGGCAGAAGGUUCUGCUGUUUUGGACACAGACGUAGGCCAUCCUCAAGUUUUAACUUCGGGGCUCCAGGGUUUGGAUUACGAGUGGGACGGGAGCUGUGAAGCGGGGGAUUCUGCUCCGUGUCGCGCCUGGCAGUACGACUACUCCAACAUUUUCCCCACGCUAGCUUCCGAGGAGAACUGGGUGUGCAGCAGCGCAUGGAAACCGUACAGCGUCAUCACCGCCUUCUGGAUCGGCAACAUGAUAGGCGCCUGGUGCCUGGGCAUCGUCUCUGACAAGUUUGGGCGGCGACCUGUGGUCCUGAUUUGCUGUCUCGUCUAUGGAGUGACAGGCAUAGCAUCCGCCUUCGUCAGAAAUUUUUUCGCCUUCAUGACAGUGAGGAUGUUGGCAGGCUCUGUGCACCACACGCUCUCUCAUCUACCUUAUGUCAUGGUAAUUGAAUUUUGCGAGAUGGACAAACGAUCAGUGCCUCUGCUUGCAAUCAUGAUGACGUACACAGUAGCCACGAUUAUUGCGCCAGUAAUUGCUUACUUCAUAUGGGACUGGCAACUGUUCGUAAUCUUUACGGCGGCUCCAUCUUUAUUGAUCGUUCUCAUAUAUAAGUGGAUUCCUGAAUCAGCAACGUGGCUUAUCACACAAAAUAAACUAAAGAUGGCCGCACAACAGUUGCAUAGUAUUUCAAAGGUGAACAGAAUAAACUUAUCAGAAACCUAUUUGAAACACAGGAUAUCACAGUUGUCAAAUAAGGAAAGGCACUUUAUAAACGAAGACGAUAUCAUGUUGACGACAAUAAGCCGAGAAGAAGAUAAUGAAGAAAAUGUUCCCCAUCGCGAUCAAGUUCAACCAGUUGUAAUUGUAUCAGUCUUGAAGUUCCCUAUACUGAGGAGGCAAAUCGGGCUUGUUAUGGUCAUAUGGAUGGUUGGUUGUAUGUGUUACUACGGACACGCCCAGAACACCGCCAACCUCGGCGACGACAUGCUUGUCAGCUUCUUCCUGGGAGCCGCCGUUGAGAUCCCUGCGUGGUCGACGCCUUGGCUCAUCGAGCGCUUCGGACGGCGACCGCCUCUUAUUUUGGCCUAUUCCUUGUCGGCAGCCACGGGGAUCAUGUACAGCGGCUUAGUCGUCCUGACCGCUAGUUGGCCAGCUCGCGUGUUGGGGAUGCUGGGUAGGCUCACCGUGACGGCGGCGUACUACAUCAUCUACAUGGCCCUGCAGUACGGGCCUGAGGUGUUCCCUACCGUCGUCAGGGGUCAGGGAGUUGCUUUAGCGGAAACUCUGGGAGGCGCGGCCAUCUUUAUUUCUCCGCUUGUUGUUUAUCUUGUUAAAUUCUACAGAGGACUUCCGCUUCUAGUGUUUGGAUUACUAGGAGCUGCCGCAGCCAUCCUGACGAUCUUUUUGCCAGAAACGAAAAAUGUUGCGUUGCCGAGCACAUUAGCAGGUGCAGAGGACGCGUGGAGACGUGGAAUGCGGCCGCGUUCUCAGCGAUGAAUUGAAUGUUUUAAAUUUUAUUUUGUUUAAUUAAGCAU